UGAGGGAGGCUGCACGAGGAGCGCCUGCGUCCGAAGGGAACGGAAUCGUGCCCCUUUUCGAGAUCCUAGCUGAACUCGCAGGCUGAGAUGCCAAACUUCAAGAGACCGCCUUGCUCUGCUCUCACAGCUGCUUAUUCUUUCUAAUUCGAGAGACCGAGUUUGAGUCUUUGAAGCUGUUCAUCAGGCAUUGUACUGGGCACUCCAACUGCAGGGUCCUCACAGCCUUCUCUGCUGCCUCAGCUUUGGUCCGGAGAGGACCCGGCGCCGAAUCGCGGGGAUUGUCCCGGGUGUCUGGAAAAAUGAUCCACAGUCUAUUUCUCAUCAACUGUUCUGGUGACAUAUUUCUCGAGAAGCACUGGAAGAGUGUUGUGAGCCAGUCUGUCUGUGAUUAUUUCUUUGAAGCUCAGGAGAAAGCAGCUGAUGUUGAAAAUGUACCACCUGUCAUUUCAACACCUCACCACUACCUCAUAAGUAUCUACCGAGAUAAGCUCUUCUUUGUGUCUGUCAUACAGACUGAAGUGCCACCUCUCUUUGUAAUUGAGUUCCUACAUCGAGUUGCGGACACUUUCCAGGACUAUUUUGGUGAGUGUUCGGAGGCUGCAAUUAAGGAUAAUGUGGUUAUAGUGUAUGAGCUCCUGGAAGAAAUGUUAGACAAUGGAUUUCCACUGGCUACUGAAUCUAACAUUCUGAAAGAACUGAUUAAACCACCAACAAUUCUGCGUUCUGUUGUCAACUCUAUUACAGGCAGCAGCAAUGUGGGGGACACACUUCCCACUGGGCAGCUGUCCAAUAUCCCGUGGCGCCGGGCAGGGGUAAAGUACACAAACAAUGAAGCGUAUUUCGAUGUCGUUGAAGAAAUCGAUGCAAUUAUAGACAAAUCAGGAUCUACAGUCUUUGCGGAAAUUCAGGGGGUCAUUGAUGCUUGCAUUAAGCUAUCAGGAAUGCCUGAUCUCUCCCUGUCUUUCAUGAACCCUAGGCUUCUGGAUGAUGUCAGCUUUCACCCCUGCAUCCGGUUCAAACGCUGGGAAUCUGAAAGAGUUUUGUCAUUUAUUCCUCCAGAUGGAAAUUUCCGACUCAUAUCAUACCGUGUCAGCUCACAAAAUCUAGUGGCAAUACCAGUGUAUGUGAAACACAGUAUCAGCUUUAAGGAGAACAGUUCCUGUGGCAGAUUUGAUAUAACAAUUGGACCAAAGCAGAAUAUGGGCAAAACGAUUGAAGGAAUUACAGUGACAGUUCACAUGCCAAAAGUUGUACUGAAUAUGAACCUGACACCAACACAAGGCAGCUAUACGUUUGAUCCAGUCACCAAGGUACUAACGUGGGAUGUGGGAAAAAUAACUCCACAGAAGCUCCCAAGUCUUAAGGGAUUGAUAAAUUUACAAUCAGGCGCACCAAAGCCGGAAGAAAAUCCAAGCCUCAACAUACAGUUCAAGAUCCAGCAACUUGCAAUUUCAGGCUUAAAAGUAAAUCGCUUGGACAUGUAUGGGGAGAAAUACAAGCCAUUUAAAGGAGUCAAAUAUGUCACGAAAGCUGGAAAGUUCCAAGUGAGGACAUGAGACCAAAAUUAAUCAAGAUCAGUUUCUUUUCCAAGUGUCAUUACAGUUUAUUACCAUUAGGUACCAAGUGGGUGGGAUUAUGUGCUCUAGUUAAAGCAUUUGCGUCAAGCUACACACCUCUAACAAAAUUGCUUAAUAGUCAAUGUAAGGUUCUUAAGGCGCUUUAAGCUAAGGAAACUUUUAUAACGUCUUAGCUUAUUUUGUAUCUUUUCACUUUGGAAGAUUUUGAAGGGGAGGGAAGUAUCAGCAGGAUGGUACACAUUGUGACAGUAAAGGCAGAUUACAAGUGAACUGGUUUCCAGUCAGGGGAACCUGUGUUAGUUUGUGAUGUGGCAUGGUAGGUGUGGCCAAGUAUCAUACCUUCAGAUAUUAGACAUCCAAAUCAGUAUCUGUCCCAACAGAGGAAAUGCUCCCACACCCCUAAAGUUUACAAAAAAAAAAAAAAAAAACUGCCUCUUCAAGUGUUUGCCUUAUUCAGCUUUUCACUUGUGCCAUUAAGCAAGCACUGUAGCAGAAGCCACUUCCACAUGGCCCUGGCAGGGAGCAGUGCUGCUCCUUGCUCCAUCUUCACUGUACUUGGUAUUGUAUUUUUUGUAAGAUUUUUAUGUAAAGCUCAGAUUUUGAUUUACCGGAACCUUGCUGCAGACCCUCUCCGUUUUGUGCCACUGGUUCAGCUAGAUAGCACAGUAAAAAUCAUUUGUGUUACAGGGGCAAAUGCUUUAUGAAGGUAAUAAAAGGGAGCACUGCUCCUGCUAGUUCUUUCAAGCACAGGCAUUUGCGCUUUUAAGCAAAUUAACGUAGCAAAAGAGAAAUUUUAGUGAAACCUUUGCUAUCUUUGUGUUUUAUAAAGUUUAUCUGAUACCCCUUUGGCCAUAGGUAGCCCAACUGCCUCUAAACCCAGUUCAGCAAAAGGAGGAAGUGCACCUGUCUCACUGCUGUCUUGGCUGUUUGUAAGGCACUGUCUGUGCUGGCAUCCCUUGUCCGUAGGGGGAACUCCCUUACCACAGACUUACUUCUUGAGCCUGCACUCUUAAAUUGCUUCCCAGAAUUUCUAUCAUAUUCAUCACUGGUGUACUUACACCCGCUACUAAUCUGAUAAAAUACAUAGAAGCGUGUUACAUUGAGGCAGAAACAAAAUGCUCAGUGAUCAACUUUGUACUAGCUUAUUAACUGUCAAGGUUAGAAGACGAAUCUCGGCCUCUUGAUCGUCCCUGCCCCAUUUUUUGCCCGAUGACGUGAAGAAAUGGAGAAAUGCUGAAAGUUAAGUGUUUCCUCUUCUGUUGGCUCUUCUUACUCUUACUACUGCUACCAGUUUCCUCCUAGAGCUUUGAUUCUGUUGUUCUCAGCUUGUAACUCUUCCCCUUACAGUGCUAAGCAAAGCUCACACCUUCAUUAUGGUUAUACUGUCAAAGGUUAGUGAUUGGUGCUGGUCUGGGAGUCCACUAUACAGCACAUUCUUAACUUUGCCUGCCUUUUUCUAACAAGAAAGGCCACUUUUGGCAACUAAUCUCAGAUGGGCAGGUGAAGGUAAAAUAUUACCAAAUACUCAAGUCUCUUUUCCACUAGUCGGUCACCCAGUUCCAUUGCUUUUUGUUUGUAAUGUCUUAACUUCAAAUUUCUUACCUCAGAUGUCCCACUUUUCUUCCUGUGCUGUCUUAUCUUGUACCCAAGCAGAACAUAUGCCAAGAGUUCCUUGCCUUUAGCAGUUUCUGUUAAAACAUCAAGUAAACUCUUUCCUCUUUUAUUUAUUUAUUAAUCUGAAAGAACCCAGUAAGUCCUUUCUCUAGCUCUGGGUAUAGUGUCAAUAAAGGUGAAAGUAAGAACUUA